GAUGUGACAGUGUGUAAAUUAGUAGCCUGUAAUGAAAGGUGGCUAUACUCCCGUGCCUCAAGCCAACAAAGAUGAGCUUGAUGGUGAAACUGUUUACCCCAAACACAGAGGGAAGAGCAGAUCGUACUGGAGAUGUUUUUAUGGCAUUGUCCUUAUUGCCUUGGGUAUUGGAGCAGGUUUUGCUGCUUGGAAAGUGAAGGAAAUUCACUCCAAUAAUAUUGUCGCCAAGCCCCUUUAUGACCACAAGCUGUACAAGGCAAUAAAACUUCAUAAUGGAAUGCACAUUCUUUUAAUUGAGGACAAGGAAUCUCUUCUCUCUGGAAUCGGCCUCGACCUUCAGGUUGGUUCUAUGUCUGAUCUGUCAGCAGGCCCCCAGUAUCUUGGUCUGGCGCACUACACAGAACAUGCAAUGUACAUGGGUUCUAAGGAGUAUCCCCGGUUUAACGAGUUGGCCAACUUCCUCCAGACACACGGAGGUAACGACAACGCCUUCACCACCCAAACCCACACAAACUACUACUUCUACGUUAACUCACGCUCAAUUAAACACAGUAUUCAGAUAUUCGCUGCUUCCUUUCGCAGCCCUCUCUUCGACCCAUCGGUACUGGAGGGAGAGAAGCAGGCGAUACAGAACGAAUUAGAAAAGGAUAUUCCUCAAACUGGAUGGAAGAAGUUUAGUAUUCUAAAGCUUAUGUCUGACCCUGACCACCCCUUUCACAGGUUUAACGUUGGGAACAAGGAGAUAUUUGACAGCGCUGAUUUUGUUACUAAGAUAAGGUGGUUCUACAACAAAUACUACUCUGCUAACCUGAUGAACGCAGUGAUUCUGAGUAAUCUCCCUCUACAAGAAAUAGAGAUGAUGGCAAGAAAGGAGUUUUCAACUUUACCUAAUAGAAACAUUACCAAACCUACCUUCUUUAGUAACCCUUAUCCUACUGGCACUAAGUACAUUAACCAGUUCACGGUAUACGAAAACGGGGCUCUCACUCAGGAGCUAGAACUUCUUUUCCCUAUAGCUUCAUCUGAAGAGGAAAUGAAGCUGGACCACAAGCUAGUUUUAACAAUACUGGGAGACGAAAGUCAGGGUACAGUGACUAGUCACCUACGCGAUUUGGGGUACAUUAUAGAUCUGACAGUUAGCACUCUGACAUUCCCAGAAAGUUUCAGCUGUCUUACAAUCCAGAUACAUCUCACUUCUACUGGUUCCUGUAAUGUGAGGAAGAUAAUUAGAACAGUGUUCGACUACAUAGAUCUGAUGAAGCGGGAGAUCACCAAAUCUAUAUGGGAGGACAACUUUAACCUUCAGGGUAUUAGAUUCAACUACCACGACGAGUCAGAUCUGAAGACACUUCUCAAAACAAUGCCGGGGUGGAUGUCAUCAGCUUCAUCUCCUAGAUACUAUCUUAACAACCAGUUGGUGCACUCGAAAUACAAGCGUGGAGAUAUUGACAGAGUUCUGAACAAGUUAAAUGUUAACAAUCUCAAUGUUCUUCAAGGUGGAGCAGGUUUUGAUACUAUGUUGUGUGAGUUUCCUUCCCUGGACCAAUACGACACAACAUUCAAAACUAAAUACCAUUCUUCCAGCAUUCCAUCCUCCUGGAUCCAAUAUUGGCAGUCUGAAGAUCACAAGACUGAGAGUCUCUCAAUACCAGAUAAAAACGAGUUUAUCCCAUCUGACUUCACAAUACUCCCUUUAUCUAAACUUCCUCAACCUUCCAUUAUUCUUGAUGAGGACGGUUUUAAAGCGUAUUGGAAACAGGACUCGUCGCUACCUAAAUCCUACGUCAAUUGCAAGUUUUUUAUACCAGAUUUCUCUAAAGACCCACGACUGGUAGCUAUACUCCGUCUGUAUUUAGAACUGGUGAGUGAAUCACUGGAUACAGUUACCUACGCUGCCAGCACUGCAGAAUACAGAUACAGCUUGUCUCCUGUCAGUGAGGGAUUCAAACUCAGGGUCGAGGGAUUCUCUGAUACAGAUACAUUCUACAAAUUCCUAAAGUUCGUGGUCUCUGCACUCAGAGACCCCCCAGCUAUCACUGAGAUGAGGUUCAAGUACCAGGUACAGGAGAUGGUGUACGAUCAGCUUAAUAAGAUUUACAAGGAUCAGCCCUUCAGACAAGGGUUCUAUCUGGCUAGAUUGUUUUAUCAAAGUUACUCUUAUGAUAACAGUCUUAUUAAUUCGCACAUCCUCAAACUCAAACAACAACAAGUUCUGGAAGGAGGGAGGGAGCUGUUAAAGAAGCUAGCAGUGAAGUGCUUCGUGUUUGGUAAUGUUGAUGUUAGGGAGGCGCUGAACUACGCUCAGUUUAUCCGGGAUGAGUUCUUAUCUCAUGUUAUGAAGUCUAGUUACUCGUAUCGCGGUACAGUAGUUGUAUUGCCUCCUGGUAGGUGGAUAUGGCAGGUUCCUGUACUUAACCCAACAGAAACUAAUAACUGUAUCUUCGUCAUCAACCAGAUAACAGCAAGAACAGUCAGUGGCCCUAGUUUGAGGAAGAACAUUCUCCUGACUGUACUAGCUACAAUUAUGAAGGAUCCUGCGUACGCGACACUGAGGACACAAGAGCAGCUCGGGUACACUGUGUUCACGGGGACACUCAAGAUGUUGAGUGUUGAUUACUUUUAUCUUUUACUACAGGGUAGCCACUACACCCCUGAAGUAAUGAUGAAGCGAGUGGUGGAGUUCAUGCACUCUUAUAAAGACACCCUGGUAGAACUCGUAGCUAACGGAACUGCUGAACACCCGAGCGGAGAAGAAUGGUUCUCAACUACCAAACAGGAAGCCAUCAACCUUUUACUGUCCAGACCAGAAUCUCAGGUUGGACUCGCGGAGUAUUCCUCAGACACAUCGCAAUCCAACUGGCCCUUCUUCAACAGGAGGGAGUAUAUAAUAACAGCGGGGAAGGGAAUCAGAAAAGAGGAUCUCGUCGAGUUCUACCACAAUUACAUCAUAGGAGACGCUAGACAGCUAAUAGUACAACUGCACGGAGCCGGGUAUCCAACACAUCAAAACACUAGUGUACCUCACAAGCAGAUCCUAGACAAGGAGUCCAUUCAGAAACUGAAGGAGAAUCUGUUCCCUGUUAAUACCGAGUUUGUUUGGUGAAAUUAUUCAUUAAUUCAUUAAUUAGCUAUUGAUUAUAAAUAUUUUAAAAUUUAUUUUCAAAUGGCAAGAUGUAAGUUAUUGUUAGUGAGACAAACAGAAGAUUUUAUUUCUUUCGUAAAAUUUUUGGACAGUUUUAUGGAGAGAUUAUAUUUGAUAUUUGAUUAUUUCAAAAUAAUUUAAUUAUUUUAAUUAUUUAAUUUAAUUAUUUUAAAAUAUUUAUCACAAAUUGUACCGAUGCUAUUAAUUUAUUUCGCUUUAUAUUUCGCUAUCUAAGAUUUAAGUCGUAUUGAAAUUGAGCUGACAAUUUCUGUCAUAGUUGAUUUUCACAAGAUACAAUUAAUAUUUCGCCAUAAACAAACGCGUAAAUGCGCCGUUAUAUUGUUUAUAUUUUGUUCAAUAACAA